GGCGUGUCUGCCGGCUGAGGGAGGGGGCGGGCAGCGCGGCCUGAAAGCUGGUGUGUCAGUUGAGGAAAGGCGAGAAGAGGGAGCGUUGCUGCAGCCGGGCUGAGGACUUGAGGUUCACCAUGAUAUCCAUUCCAGACUUCUACAGAGGGAAGAAUGUCCUCAUCACAGGGGCCACAGGCUUCAUGGGGAAGGUCCUGCUGGAGAAGCUGCUGAGGUCUUGCCCGGGCAUCAAGGCGGUUUAUGUGCUGGUGCGACCCAAAGCUGGCCAGAAGCCUCAGGAACGAGUGGAUGAAAUGAUGAGCUGCAAGCUGUUUGACAGGUUGAGAGAGGAGCAGCCGCAGUGCGCAGAGAAGCUGAUUGCAGUGAGCAGUGAACUGACGCAGCCGGAGCUGGACCUCAGCAAGGAAGACCAGGACACCUUAAAAGACUGCAUUGAUAUAGUGUUCCAUUGUGCAGCCACAGUCCGCUUCAAUGAAUCCCUUCGUGAUGCCAUGCAAUUAAAUGUUAUUGCGACACAUCAGUUGGUAACUCUAGCCCAGAAGAUGAAGAAACUAGAAGUUUUCAUACACGUAUCCACUGCCUAUGCCAACUGCAACAGGAAGCAUAUUGAAGAAGUUGUAUAUCCUCCUCCUGUGGAUCCGAAGAAGCUCAUCGAGUCUUUAGAAUGGAUGGAGGACAGCCUGGUGAACGACAUCACCCCAAAACUCAUAGGGGACCGGCCGAACACUUACACCUACACAAAAGCCCUGGCGGAAUAUAUAGUCCAGCAAGAAGGAAGUAAACUGAACAUCGCCAUCGUCAGACCUUCUAUUGUCGGGGCCAGUUGGAAAGAACCGUUCCCUGGCUGGAUCGAUAACUUCAAUGGUCCCAGUGGUCUCUUCAUUGCUGCAGGAAAGGGAAUCCUCCGCACAAUGAGGGCUUCCAACAACGCCGUGGCCGACCUUAUUCCAGUGGAUGUAGUGGUGAAUACCACGGUGGCAGCCGCCUGGUACUCCGGAGUGAAUAGGCCAAAAAAUAUCAUCGUGUACAAUUGUACGACAGGAGGAACCAAUCCAUUCCACUGGGGUGAAGUUGAAUAUUAUGUAAAUAUUUCCUUCAAGAUGAAUCCUUUAGAACAGGCCCUCAGGCGCCCCAAUGUUAACCUUCGAAACAACCCCCUUUUGCAUCAUUACUGGACGGCUGUCAGUCAUAUAGUACCUGCAGUGUUGUAUGAUGCUAUGCUCAGGUUGACAGGUCAGAAACCCUGGAUGAUGAAGACUAUUACUCGUCUACACAAAGCCAUGAUGUUGCUGGAAUAUUUCACGAGUAACUCCUGGGUGUGGAGUAAUGAAAAUACCAACAUGCUAAUGAACCAGCUCAGUCAGGACGACAAGAAGGUGUUUAACUUUGAUGUUCGGCAGCUGCAUUGGGCAGAAUACAUGGAGAACUAUUGUAUGGGAACUAAAAAGUAUGUUCUCAAUGAAGAAAUGUCCGGCCUCCCUGCGGCCAGGAAGCACUUAAACAAGUUAAGAAACAUUCGCUAUGGAUUCAAUACCAUCCUCGUUGUCCUCAUCUGGCGCGUCUUCAUCGCAAGGUCACAAAUGGCAAGAAACAUCUGGUAUUUUGUGGUUAGUCUGUGUUUCAAGUUUCUGUCUUACUUCCGAGCAUCCAGCACCAUGCGAUACUGAAGACUCUGGACGCACAGUCGUGUUGGACAUCUAUGCACACAGCGGCAAACUGCACAGACUCUGUAUAACCCGAUCAGUGUACUAUUCAUGUCGUGUACAGCCAUCCUAACUCCAGACAACAUGAUAUCAUUUUAUUAUUUUUUUCUUUUCCAAGUGUACCUUAGUAACAAAACUGCACAUGUCAGAUCAAGCCAGCAUUAAGCAGAACGGUUUACCGAAAUUUAACUCUAAUCCGAAUCAUUGAUUGAUCUCCACCUAUGCUAUCUAUACAGAAUGCAUCCCCAUUGUAAUGCACAGGUGUGUGCCGUGCCUGGUGUUGAGCAUCAUGCACUGGACACCGAUGGGUGCUAUGGUCAAAUGUCUGUACUAGGUGGGUCUACAGCCGAGAUGUGCAACUAUAACUCCCAGCAUAGCCCGGCCAGUGUCGAGGACGAGGACUGCUAAGCCCUUUUGACAAGUCUGUUUUAGUGAAUACCUCUAUACCACACAAUACAACCAUUUUGGAGCAUCUCUUGGAAUUCUGCAUUGUGCUGCACCUCUGUGAUUCUUCCUAGAAAUGUCUAUAUAAAUUGAUACCUGGACGUUGUCAUUUUCCCGCGUCCCUAGGUUGUGCCCUGACACUGUCGGCACUGAUUUAACAGUUUCAGAGCGUGUGGCGACGAGCCUUAUUGACGAGGGAUAGUAACGCCCAGUUGCCAAUUUAUUCAUGUUUCCAGAAGGAAUAAUAGAGGAAUGUUGCAAUGCAAAGUUAUAUUCUAGCUAUUUUCCCAGAUGUUCUGAAGAAUACAAGUAUUUAAAGGGGGUUUCCGGGGUUUUCAUAUUUAAUAUAUUCUCAGGAUAGAUUUAGAUUGGUGAGGGUCUGACUUCCAGCACCCCCUGACGAUCCGCUGAGGCACAGCUUGCCAAGCACAGUGCUAUACAUGGUCUAGUGGUUGUGCUUGGUAUUGCAGCCCAGACCCAUUCACUUGAAAGGGACCGAGCUACACCUGGGCCAGGAAUCAGUAACUUUCAAUAUGCUAGCUGUUGUGAAACUAGAAUACCCAGCAUGCACCCUUACUUGGCUGUUCCUACAACUCCCAUACAGGUAAAAGGAGGAUUCUGGGAGUUGUAGAACAGCUAUAGUGCCGGAGGUUCCCGAUCCCUGGCCGAUGAACGUGAUGUCACAGCCUCGGCCCCUUCAUACAGCUGAUUGGCGGAUGAUCUCAUAUUGAUGAUGUAACCUGAGGGUAGACCAUCUAUAUGACCAUCCCAGAAAAACACCUUCAAUAAAGCAGACCUGGCAGGAGCACAGUAAGGUGCGGUUUGCCGAGGUAGUUGUAGCCUGCCUGCUUUCAGCGUAUACUGGGAGUUGUAGUGUCACAACAUCUGGAAAGCCAAAGGUCGGCGACCAUUAGUUUACAGGUCGCCCUAAGGCUCGUGUCUGUUACUUGGCUUCCUCUUACAUCCUCUAUCACUUUUCUACUAAUUUUCUAUAUCCUGUUUUUUUUUUUUUUUAGACUUUUUGCUAUUGUAACUAUCUAUUUUUUUUAUUUUUUUUCGCACAUUUCCAUGUCUUUACCACAUCCCCUUUUUCCUUUUUUUCGCACCUGAAUUCUUUGCACUGCAUCAAUUUAACCAAGCAAUUAAAACUGUUCUGGAUAUUUUGUAGUUUUAUAUGCACAAGGAAAUCUAUGAAUUAUGCUGUGUGAUCUGUAUUUGCUACAUAAAGUGUGGUAACCACUGAACACUCACGUCACUGCUUGGUUGGAAGUUUUCUUUUUGUAAGCGCUUGCAUCAUCACCUCCGCCUCUUAUGGGACUGAAAUGGUCUUCCCUUCACUUGUGUUUUUGGAUAAAGACCAGUUUGACAUAAUUCUGUCUUCAUUGCCAUACUUGUCAUAGGGCUGCAUGGCGUUCCCUCCUCUAUUCCCAUAUUUUCCUGUAUGGAGUUUAAAAGGGUUAACCCAUAAAUCAUUUUCAUACUAAAAAUCUUGAAGUGAAUUAGUGUUUCUAGCAUAUAAAUACAUAUUUCAUAUGUUUUUAUUGCCCUCCAUUUUUCCCUCUUGGUGCUUCUGCUGCUGGGGUCAGACUCUCUGGGCUGAAUCUGUCUCCUUCCCCCUUCUGGCAGCUGAUGAUAUAACCCUGACUCCCCAUGCAGAAGGAGUCUUCUUGGCUAUGCUGCCAUGUUGCUGCAGGGGCUCUUACUCCCAGCAGUCAGACCCCCAGCGAUCUGACAAUAAUAGCCUAUCCUGUGAAUAGCUGUUAAAGGGCA